CCGGACGCAGCUUUGCGGGCUUCCGUGAGAGCUGCGGUGUCAGGCGGACACGCAGCAACGGGAACAAUGCAACGUUUUGACGCCGGUAUCGUUUUGUUUUGGUUUCUUUUUUUUCUAAAAAAGAAAAGAAAGGAAAAGAGAAAAAGCUUCAAGCGGCGAGUUGCAGGAAAAACCGCACAUCCUCAGCCAUGGCCGCCAUCAGCAGCUCAAACACGUUUUUUGCCCUGGAGCUGCUCCGCACUCUGAGCCAAGGGAACCCCGCCGGGAACAUCUUCGUCUCUCCGCUGAGCAUCAGCUCGGCCCUGGCCAUGGUCUACCUGGGGGCUAGAGGGGACACCGCUGCUCAGAUGGCGCGGGCCCUGUCGUUCAGCUCGGGCGAAGGCGUCCACGCAGACUUCGAGAAGCUAAACGCGGACAUCAACUCGCCAUCUGCAUCAUACAUCCUGAAAAUAGCCAACCGUCUUUACGGAGAGAAUACCGCCAACUUCCUCCCCCAAUUCCUCAAAGCCACGCAGAAGUACUACCAGGCGGACCUGAAGGCCGUUGACUUCAUCGGGGCUCCAGAGGUGUGCCGGGGGGAGAUCAACAGCUGGGUCGAGCAGCAGACAGAAAAUAAGAUAAAAGAUCUUCUGAAGCCAGGAACAGUCAGUACGAUGACAAGACUGGCUCUGGUCAAUGCCAUCUACUUCAAGGGAAACUGGAUGAACCGCUUUGACGAAGCGAACACCAAAGAGAUGCCCUUUAAAGUCAGCCAGAAUGAGACCAAGCAAGUCCAGAUGAUGUACCAGAUGAAGAAGCUGCCCUACAACUACAUCCCCGAUCACGGUCUGCAGAUCCUGGAGCUGCCGUAUGUGGAGGAGGAGCUCAGCAUGUUCAUCCUGUUGCCCGAGGAGUCCGCGGGCAGCUCUGACCCUCUGCUGAAGCUGGAGAAGGAGCUGACGCAGGAGAGGCUGGAUGAAUGGACCAACAGGGAAAACAUGGACGUCCAUUCAGAAGUCGUCGUUCACCUGCCAAAGUUCAAGCUGGAGGAAGACUACGAGCUGAACGAGCCCCUGGCUAAACUGGGCAUGACCGACGUGUUCUGCGCGGCAAAAGCAGACCUGUCGGGCAUGAACGGCGAAGGAGGACUCUUCCUGUCCACGGUAGCCCACAAGGCCUUCGUGGAGGUGAACGAGGAGGGCACGGAGGCGGCCGCAGCCACAGCUGGCAUGGUAGCGUUCUGUAUGCUCAGGGAGGAACACUUCACAGCAGACCACCCCUUCCUCUUCUUCAUUAGGCACAACAAGACCAAGUCCAUCCUCUUCCUCGGCAGGUUCUCGUCUCCUCAGUAGUCGGAACCAGCGGAGGAAGAUGUUGGGCCGCUUCAAAUUUAAAAAAACAAAAAACAAAAUCCCUUUAAACGUGGGCUUUAUUUUCUGUGAUGUUUUGCUAAUUAAAGAACUGUAUUUUGGUCUGCUUUUGCACUGAAA